UUCGUUUUGCUUGCGACGGUGUGUUGUGUUUUCUAAUUUCUAGUGAUGUAAUCUAGACACCAUUCAGAAACCGCUUUAAUCAGCUUACACUUGACCACCGUUAGUGUCCGUUGAUGCCAACCAUGUCGCUGACAAUGCUGCGGACCGUUUGUCGCUUGCAGCAGCAGCGCCGGCAUCCCGUGUCCUUCGCGCACUGCAGCGCCGGUUGCUUAGCGAUUCGAUAUCAAAGUACGGCUGGCGGUGGAAAUGGGUCGAAAGGCGAAAGCGACGAGAAGCAGUCUGCCAAGGAACGACUGACGGUGAAGUAUAGCCGAGAGAAUGUGAAACGCAACGUUCAGGGAUACGUCUUUUCGCGGUUCUUCGACUACGUGAAGAACUAUGACAAGGUACUGGAGAAGAAGUUCCCCUCGGCGAUGCACGUGUACCGCGUGUUUCUGGUCGGAGUGCGGGACUUUUUCAACGACAUGAAAAAGCUAGUCAAAGUGACGAAGAUCGUCUACACGCACGACAACGAUCUGCGAUGUUUAACACGGAAAGAGAUCGAACUCUACUACCAGAUGCCACGGGACAUGAAGAAGGUCGCCCCAGUGCUACUGAUAUCGGCGCUGCCCUUUGCAAACUAUGUGAUAUUCCCUCUAGCCUAUAUGUAUCCUCGAACGCUGCUAACGUCGCACUUUUGGUCGAUCCAGCAGAAGGCAGAAUUUGCGCAAAUCGACCUCCGCAAUCGGCUGGUUUACAAUCGUCGUGUCUUCCGCUGCAUGCAAUCGAAGCUGGAGGUGCUGAAAAAGAAUCAAGAUCCUAUGCACAAAAAAAUUAGCAACAUUCUCGGUUUGUUGGGCAGCGGUCUACACCCGACGUCCGACGAAAUUCUGGCCGCGAAAGAAGCCUUCCAGCGGCCACCGUUUCAUCUCAACAGUUUGAAUUCGUCACACUUGAAAUAUCUUUGCCGGCUGCACGGAAUUCACGCAGGGCUGCUGCGGCGGUUUCGAUUGAGCGAGCGGACCUACAUCGUGCACCACAUGGAUAUGGCCAUCAAGCGGGAAGGCGGAGUCCACAACAUGCCGGUCGAAUCACUGAAACAUGCGUGCUUUCUCCGGGGAUUGAACGCGACCAACCUUAGCACGGAGUCCAUGGUCGAGUGGCUGCAGGAAUGGGUGCAAGUGUCGCUCGUCGUUAAUGAAGAUUCCAUUAGCUUGCUGCUUCACCUGCCUAUUCUGCUGACCUAUAAUCAUACGAACAACUGGAUUCUGAUACACUGACCGACCGACCGACCGACCGAAUACUUAAAGUGGAGGGUUUCUGGGAAUGAAGAACAAUCCUCACGGACGUAUCAAACAGAAAUCAGGGCCUUUUCGUCGAGUACAUAAAAUAAACACAAGCCAAGUGAUAGGGUAAGACGAUGCGAGAUUUCAGAGGCCGAAUGUUAUCCGUCACAUGAUUUGUUAUCGUUACUAUUUAUCUUGAUCUACGUUAAACGCGCUACCAUGACAGAGAACAAUGGGCGCGCCGCUCACCAGUGUUCUCUGUACGUUUUUCUUGUCUCAGUUUUAAUAAAUCAGUGAGGUGGGCGA